UGAGCCAAUUGUUGGGUUUCAUACUAACCACAAAAAUUUACGACAGUAAGCUUUAAAAAUGACAAUUAAUUUAAACAGCUAUCGUUCAAGUUCAAGUUGCAAUGGAAAGGCCUUAGCAUUUACAAUUGCGGGCACCAUAUUAUUCACGAUUGUUUUGUUUUACAACAUCCAAAGCACCCCGUGCACUGAAAGAGCUGACAGACCCAGAAUAAUCAAAACUGAGGAGGAACGAGCGACCGUAAACGAAACCUAUACAGAAUCGGUCGAGUGCAGUGAUUACGCGGUUCCCCAAAACGUGACGCAGAAAGGUACUUUUUGGGUAUUAAACAAUUACGUGCGGGCAACCGAAAGGCCAAAAUGUUUGGAAAGCAUCACGUAUACGGUACCGGCGACUUUUCCGUUUUUGGAAAAUAUUCCCGCACUUGUCGACCGUUGGCAAGGACCUAUAAGUGUUGCUGUGUUCGCUCCAGGCGAAGACUUUUUCAGGACGAUUGAUUCGAUAGCUUAUUUGAGAAAUUGCGAAAUGGAUUUAAUCGAAAAAUAUGUGACAUUUCAUUUAUUUUUCCCGGAAGACCAUUUACCACAGUCCUCAACACCCCUGUCGUCCCUUUACAAAGACGAAUACGAUUGUUCUGAAGAGGCUCCUUCCGUACUAGAAGAAAACAGUUAUAGAAAGAAAAACGAACUAUCGUUUCCGAUAAACGUGGCCAGAAAUAUUGCAAAAGAUAACGCUCAAACUUACAUAGUAUUCCCUUCUGAUAUCGAACUAUAUCCGUCACCCGGACUAAUCCCGAAAUUCCUCAAAAUGUUCUCUACAAAGGGCCUAACUUCGGGACGUACAGUGUACGUAACACCAGUAUUCGAAGUAGAAGAACGGGAGUCAAUUCCGGAGACAAAAUCGGAAUUAAAGAAACUUGUUGCAUCUAAAAGAGCACGAUUUUUUCACAUCAACAUGUGCCCAAGCUGUCACGCGUUCCCUCGUCAAAGCGAAUGGCUUUCUAAGGAUGACGAUGUUGAUAAAUUGGGCAUUUUUGCAAAGACGAAACGAAGUGGAAAGUUUAACGUCUGGGAACCGUUUUAUAUUGCUGUGAAAUCGGACGUUGCCCUUUUUGCCGAAGAAAUUACCUGGGAAGGCCUGUCAGACAAAAUGGUCCAGGCUUACAUUAUGUGCCUGUUGGAUUACGACUUUGCGGUUUUAAACAAUGUCUACCUAAUACAUAAGCCAGGAUAUAAAAAUCAUAGAAGUAUCCAGUCUAAGUAUGUCAAUAAAAACGGUAGUUAUAAGAAAAAGACACUGCAACCUGUGCUGGAGACAAUUUUUGGUCGAAGAAACGGAUGUGCUUUAUAAAACCGCGUCCUUAAUAUCAA